CCCCUUUCUGAUGGACCAACUAGGCUCCAAAUUUGGAAAAAACCAGUUGUAACAUCUGAGAGGGGUUAGGCUAACAUGUAAAGGUGAAAUUAGACUUGAAUGCUCCCAGUGGAGGUCCUGAAUCACAUCAGUUAUGGCGAGGUCAAAAGCUAAAGUGUACACUUGCUGUGCAGUGGUGAUGCUGUGCGUGGUGGCUGUUAUUGUGUGUAUUGCUGUACUUGUUAGGCACGAUUGUCCAGAUGGUACUUUCUCCAUCGCUGCAGUGGCCGCAGACUCGGCAACAUGUUCAAAGAUUGCACGGGACAUGCUUCAGGGAGGGGGCUCAGCGGUAGAUGGCGCCAUUGCUGCGCUGCUGUGCACCUCCAUCAUCAACCCGCAGAGCAUGGGGCUCGGAGGGGGGUCCAUAUUCACAGUGAUGGACAGCUCUGGCAAAGUGAAAAUCAUCAACUCCAGAGAGACUGUCCCGGGGAAGUUUAAACCUGACCUGCUGGAGACAUGUCACACGACCAUCCAGAAGAUUUCAGGUAGCGCAUGGAUCGGAGUCCCAGGGGAAAUUCGGGGAUAUGAGCAGGCACACAAGCUUUAUGGGAAGUUGCCAUGGGCCUCUCUCUUCCAGCCAACCAUCAAACUGGCCAGAGAAGGUUUUCCUAUUCCUGCGAUCCAAGCUCGAUACAUCCCCUACACCGAUACCGACAAGACAGAGCCACUAAGAAAGUUGUUCUCAGAUAAGGACGGAAAAUUGCUGAAGGCUGGUGAUAUGAUGAAACGUGAGAAACUGGCCGACACUUUAGAGAUGAUUGCAAACAAGGGAGCAGACGCCUUCUACAACGGAAAAACAGCUGAGGAUUUAAUCCGUGACAUACAGGAGGCAGGAGGAACACUCACGGUGCAGGACUUGGCGUCGUAUAGAGCUACAGUGACUGAUGCGUGGGCGAUUACUCUGGGAGAGUACCAGAUGUACUUCCCUCCGCCCCCUGCAGGAGGCAUUAUCCUCAGCCUCAUCCUGAACAUCAUGAAAGAAUACAACUUGAGUCCGGCAACUCUGAAACAUAAGGAAGAAAAGACACUGGCGUAUCAUCGUAUUAUCGAAGCUUUUAAGUUUGCCAAUGGAUUAAAGAAACACAUCCGUGAUCCAGGGUUCAGCUCAGAAAAAAUAGCCAAGAAAUUCACAGAGGACAGCUUCGCCAAGCACAUACGGAGCCUGAUCAGCAGCGAGGGGACUCAUGAUGACCAGUAUUACAACAUCACUCCGUAUCUGGACAGCGUGGGCACCACCCAUGUGUCGGUGCUGGCGGAGGAUGGAUCCGCUGUGUCUGUCACCAGCACCAUCAACCACAUAUUUGGCUCCAAGGUCUAUUCUCCGAGAACCGGAAUCAUUUUAAACAACGAGCUGACGGACUUCUGUGGAAAAACAAAUAAGAUAUUUCCUGGGGAGCAGCCUCCAUCCUCCAUGGCCCCCGCUGUGCUGAAGUCUGCGUCCAGGACGCUGGUGAUUGGAUCGACAGGCGGGAGCAUGAUCACCACUGGGAUGGCCUCGACACUCAUGAACUACCUCUGGUUUGGGAAGAGCCUAAAGGAGGCGAUUGCUGCUCCGGUUUUUUUUAUCAACUCUUUCAAUUCAGUAAAGUUUGAACCCCACUUUGAUCAGGAAGUAAUCGAGGCUCUGAAGGCUCUGGGACAAAAUCCGAACGAUGGGAAUAUUUUCUACAACGUGGUGAAUGCUGUGGAGAAGAAAGAUGGCUGCAUCUGCGCCGUGUCUGACGCCAGGAAGAUGGGCGAGGCCGCCGGCUACUGAGACCAGGAGGUUAGGCAGGAGGGCCUGAAGGUCACGGAGCCCUUCUGCAACACAGAUGGUGUUAAAUCAUCGAACAUGUCACAGAAUACCAGGCCUCUGCAGAUGAACGUGGUGUGUGAACAUAACUGACUGUAACGAUGACAUGAUGGAUUUGACCGUCAUCGAAGAAACAACCGUGACUGAAUGUGACCUCUUGUGAAUCAGCUUAUUCGUACACAUCGUCCCACUUAUGUCAUUAGUUGUGUCUUUCUACUGUAAACAUAUUUGCAUUCCAUUUUUAAACAUCUUGCAAAUUACAUUCAUGUCAGAGAUACAAAAUACUUUUCCAGACCACAUUUUAUUGAAUAUACAGCAAAUUAAAUACAGUUAUAGGUAUGAUAAUGAAGUAAAGCUUUUUCCCACCCAUGUUUUAUAUUCUAUUAUAACUUUUAUGUUUUAAAACACUGAGGAACUUCCCGAAAGCUGAUUAUUUAGAUGCAAAUUUCCUGCAAGAUAUCAGUUAUCCAUACCUCGAUGAGCAAUUUCACAAAUAAGCUAAAACCUUUUAGAUUUAUUCUUAAAAACGUUUUAUGUGUGGGUGAUAUAAUCUCUCGCAAUUCUUGAGUUUGACACGAUAAUAGCUGAAGAGGUGCAAUGAAUGAACUUAAUAAAGGUGUCGCAAAGAGAAUGUAUACAUUAAAAGGUAUGUACAAAUA